UUGCAGCUCCUACAGUCUAUAUUUCAGCUGGGUUCUGGAAAUUAUAACAUCUUUCUGAACAACUGUGAACAUUUUGUGAAAUGGUGUCGCUAUGGAAAUAGGAUCAGUGGACAGGCUGUCGCUGUGAAAAGUCUGCUUCUGGGUUCUGCCUUAUCCGCUGUGGGUGCAUCGCCGAUGGUCGCAAUGGGUGCAGGUUUUGCAUUUCUCACUCUAGCGACCCCUGUAUCUAAGCUGAUCAGUCGCUACUAUGGAUCGAAUUUCUCAUUGUUCUGA